GAGAGCAUACAUAAGGUCAUAUUUACAUCAAACAGCUGGGGUCACAUGUAGUCUGUGAAUAAUUUUGUAUUGGGUCUCAUAGGAUUUUUUUAGAACAUGUCAUUUUCUUUGCAUUCAAUAAAAUGUUUCGCCACAAGAUCCAAAAAUCCCCCAAGAUGUUUUACGAAGGAUAUUAACAAACAUUCAAUCAUAGAUAUAUAGAGCAGAAGCUUUCUAUAGUAUCUUUUCCAAGUGAUUUAUGUACAAACCAUAAUGUCUUUCACUAAAACACAUUGCUGCUAAUGAAAGGACUUGAGAUAAAACUACAACGUAAGCACUUUCACAGCCUGAGGGUCUUAACUGGAAACACCCCUAGAAGAAAUCACAGUUUAUGUUCAACGGUAAAAAAAGAAGUCCCAUUUUUAUGUGGGUUAAAAAAAAAACUGUUUCUCUAUGUGGUUGAAAUCUGACACUUUAUGGGCCGUGGUGAUGGUGAGCAGAGAGGGGUGAGGAGAUAGAAAACCGGGCGUCAGUAUCUGUAGCUUCACUUCUGAGGUGCAAAUCCCUCCUGACUGCUGGUCGACCAGUUGGGAAUUCACUCCGAUAAGUAUUCUGCAGUAACUUCUUGUGAAAAUGAACAUCUUGCAAGUCCUGGGUCUCCUACAGCUGCUGGCUGUACCUGCUUUCACUCUGAUACGGCCAACCCAUGACUACUGGGGAGAGUUUGGAGCCUACGGGCCCUGCAGCCGCACCUGUGGCACAGGAGUGGCAAUGAGAACCAGGAAGUGCAUCACUUCCAGGACAGAUGGAGGACAUAACUGCCAAGGAUCCUCUAAGUCCUACCGAACCUGUAACACACAGGUAUGUCCAGGUGGAUCCAGGGACUUCAGGGAGGAGCAGUGCUCCCAGUUUGACAGACAGGACUUUCAGAGCAAACGCCAGUCAUGGGUGCCUUAUUAUGGAGCAUCCAAUCCAUGUGAGUUGAGCUGCGUCCCAAGAGGAGAGAACUUCUUCUACCGACACAGACCUGCAGUGGUGGAUGGGACACCGUGCUACGUUGGCCGCACUGAUAUCUGUGUGGACGGAGUCUGCAGGAUGCUGGUGAGAGAGUUUAUGGGCCUGGAUGAGGACACUAACUCCGUUCACUCUGCUGCAUCCAUUGUCGUUGCUCCUCACCCAAGGGAGACACUCACAUACGUCUACAAGAUCGGCGUGUACGGCCAGUGCUCUGCCUCCUGCAAUGGAGGCAUGCAGUACCGCAGCGUGGAGUGCAUGGUUCAGGACUCAGCCAACCCCCAUGCGGUGGAAGAGUCUUACUGCAUCAACCAGCGCAUACAGAGGCCAGAGAGCCAGCAGGCCUGCAACAUGCACCCAUGUGCUGCUGAGUACAGCGUCUCCAGCUACAGUGUGUGCUCGGUGACUUGUGGGGACGGCCAGCAGACGAGGGAGGUGACCUGCGUCGGGUCUGGAAGUGAACGUCUGGCUGACCGUGCCUGUAGUGGACUGGCAAGACCCUCCUCUGUCCAGGCCUGCCGCAGACCUGCCUGCCACACACACAUCACCUGGCAUGUGACUGACUACGGACUGUGCACCAGGAGCUGCGGUGGCGGUGUGAGGGAGAGGAAGGUGGGCUGUUUCGAUACAGAUUUGAACUCUUACCCAGAGGCCCGGUGUGGACCAACUAGCAGACCCGUCUCUGUGGAGACAUGCAACUCACAGGCAUGCCCUGGAGCACAAUUGGUCCCUAGUGUGCAGGACCCAAGGUCUCACGAAACCACCAUAAGAGGAUUUGUGCCCCAUGUUCCAGCAAACCCUUCAGCUUCCAGGCCACAUACAAGCGUUGCCUACCCUCCUGUGGUUGGUCCACACUGUGCGCAGUCAUUCUAUGGCUGCUGUCCUGACGGCCAUAUGUCCGCCACGGGGCCCAGGAACGAGGGCUGCUCCCGAGAGGACUGUGUUCAAUCCAGGUUUGGCUGUUGUUUGGAUGGGGUGACUCGAGCUUACGGAUUUGGUCGUGCUGGAUGUCCUGAGUUCAUGACAGCUGUGCAACACCCAUCAUCUCCGGCCUCUCCACCCACUGGUAACGUGUGCUCCAUGCCUCGUGAUGAGGGCUCCUGUGAUACCUGGAAGGUCCGCUUCUACUACGACUCAGGCACUGGCAAAUGUACUGAGUUCUGGUAUGGAAGCUGCCAGGGCAAUGCCAAUAACUUUAUGACCCUGGAAGCGUGCCAGAGAGAAUGUGGGGGUGUGGUGACGAGGGAGUCCUCAGCUGCACCUCGCAGAGGGACCCCAAGGAGAGGGUCACCCAGCGGUGCUUUGAUGGCAAAGAAAUAACUGUGCUCACCACUAAUACCUCCAAAUCAUGGGAUAAUCAGAGUGCCACCUCUAUGAAGCUAAUCACGUGAUAUUUGUACACACGUAGUAUUUACAUAUAUGACACACACAACAUGUAUUGUAAAACUUACCACAUCCUACCUGUCAUUUAACAUCAGAUUUUACAUUAAACGUUAUCUAAAUAGUCUCACAUUAUAUCUGACAUGAUCCCAGCUCAUGGGUCUGAUUUUGUUUUCUUUUCGAUCUGUUGUAUUUUGUUUGUGAUGCUCAGUAUAUUUCACCUUUUAGAUAAGGACUACAAUAAAAAAAUAAUGUCAAGGUGAUUACCCAAAUCAUAAACCUAAUCAAUAAAUGUUCAGAUAUAAAAAAAAA